UGUGUUGCGCGCGGUAAAUACGGCGAGUUGGAGUGGCGUCAAAGUUGCCGCCGUGGCGUCCCGCUGACGUUUUCUUUCCGUUCCACGAUAACGUGAUGGCCGCCACCGCGAAAACACCGCUGAAAUCCACAAACUUACCCUGUUGCCGCCCUAAUCCAAAGCAGCGAUGAAUCGCCAUACGUAUCAGAGAGUGCUGAAGAACGCAUCCUCGCACAUGCGCUUGUUUAUUGAACCGCUUGCGCUCCAGGGUGGAAAAAUACCGACCGCAGAAACUGGACGACCUGAUUUCACACAAAGACAUUCUCAGCACCAUCCGGAAGUUCAUCAGCGAAGACAGACUGCCACAUCUGCUGUUGUACGGGCCGCCCGGGACCGGCAAGACAUCCACUAUCUUGGCCUGCGCCAAGCAGCUAUACAAGGGCAAGGAGUUCAACUCCAUGGUUCUGGAGCUCAAUGCGUCGGAUGACCGAGGCAUCGACGUGGUGCGUGGGCCCGUCCUGAGCUUCGCCAGCACCAGAACCAUCUUCAAGAAAGGGUUCAAAUUGGUGAUCCUGGACGAGGCCGACGCCAUGACGCAGGAUGCCCAGAACGCCUUGCGACGCGUAAUGGAGAAGUACACGGAGAACGCCCGCUUCUGCCUGAUCUGCAACUACCUGUCCAAAAUCAUCCCGGCGUUGCAGUCUCGCUGCACGCGCUUCCGCUUCGGACCGCUAUCGCCCGAGCAGAUGAUCCCCAGGCUGCAGCACGUCAUCCAGCAGGAGAGCGUGGACGUCACUCCGGAUGGAAUGAAGGCGCUGGUGGCCUUGUCGUCGGGCGACAUGCGGCGAUGCCUCAACAUCCUGCAGAGCACGAGCAUGGCAUACAGCCGCAUCAGCGAGGACACGGCCUACGCCUGCACGGGACAGCCGCUGCGCUCCGACAUCGCUAACAUCCUGGACUGGUCACUCAACAAAGACUUUGGCACCGCCUAUAAGCAGAUCCUGGAGUUGAAGACGCUGAAAGGUUUAGCGCUGCAGGACAUCCUCACGCGGGUCCACCUGCUCAUCCACAGAGUGGACUUACCGCCUUCGGUGCGCAUGAACCUCCUCAUCAAGCUGGCGGACGUGGAGCACCGGCUGGCAUCGGGCACCAGCGAGAAGAUCCAGCUGAGCUCCAUGGUGGCGGCAUUCCAGGUGGCGCGCAACCUGCUGCUUAGCGAGGCCCAGUGACGCUCAAUUGUGAGUGCUGCUUGACUAAACUAAACGCGGAGAAGAAAAACAAAAACACUUCAUUGCAGCAACGUUUUUGGAUCAAAGUCAUGUUUUAUUCGGCAAGCAUAACAACAUAAAACAAUUUCAAAAAUAAUCAUUUGCUUUCCACAUAAUAUGUACCCAAUUUGAUCUUUUUUCAAAUAAAACUUUUUUUGUAUUACAAAAAAUA